GUCAGGUUGUUUCGAAAAGUGAUUUCUGGGAGAUGAUGUGGAAAUAGUGCAGUGUCGAAGUCCCUCCAGAUUCUAGUCCGUUCCCUUAUUGUGAGGAGUGGGCUAACUGUGCUUCCCACGUAUAUCGUCCAAGAUGGCCGAGGCAGGCGCCAGUGAGAGUGAUGCUGCUAGUGCUUCUGCAAGCGGUGCGACGUUGCCCUUUGAUCCCAGCGCCAAGCCAGCUAAGAGCAUCCUGAAGACCUCAAGGAGGAGUUCCAAGCCCCUGCAAUGGGAUGAGAUGAAUAUCCUCAUGACGGAGCACCCGCCGGACAAAGAUUAUGGCCAUAUGAAAAUAGAUGAGCCUCCCACGCCCUACAAUCGUGAAUAUGAAGAUGAGGACAUGGAAGCUGGUGGAAGUGGCAAUCCUGUGGAGGAACCACUCGAUGGUGCUGCACUCGAAAAACUUGUGGAAGCACGGGCAAAGGAAGAAGACGGCACUUGGGAAUCCAGACAGAAGAGUACUGAGGACGACGAAGACGAAGACGAUGACCUCACACCGGAAGCUAAAGCUAAAAAGAAAGCCUUCACGGCCAAGAGAAAGCAGCACUAUAAUGAGUUUGAGAUGGUAAAGCGAAUGAGAGAGAAGCGGCAAGCUGGCAGGAAAUCCAGCGAUGAUGAGGAAGAGUAAAUAGCUUUGAUUCUAUAUUGUUAUGACAUGCAACUGUGUUAUCAAACCUCCCAUAACCUCUGUGAGUUUUCAAGGCCUAGUACAUUGUGCUUCUGGACCAGGGUCUUUGCCUGCACGAACUCGAAUCUUGUUUUAUCAGAGCCAUUAUGUUACUCCUCUAUGCUUGCUGUGAUAUUUUUGAAUGUUGUUGUUGUUCAAAUCUUUAUUCUCACGAUAGCCGUUGUUGUUGUUGUUGUUGUUGUUGUUUUUGUUGUUAGGCAGCCAUUACUUGGCCUGCUGGCUGGCUUUGGUCUCCUUUAUAGUAUUUUUAUAUUACUUUUUAGAUGGACUGUUUGUAGAGGAGAUAUUGUUUGUCUAGUUUGUCUUUUCUUUUCUGUGUCUUAGCUGACCUUGAAUGCUAUGCACUGCCACAUCGCAGUGCUUGCUUUGCUGUUCAUUACUGCUGUGCGUUGUUUAUUUUAGGUGUUAGUAGUCGUCAUUGACCUUGCUCUGACUACCAAUUACAAUAUUUAUGAGCAUUUUC